AUGGCUACUCCCGCACAUAUAAUGAUUGGAAGCCUCAAUGGCAAUUGGACCAUCAAUAGAAGUUUGACGGGCGAAACAGACCAUAUCCUGAAACUGCAAGGGAUUCCCUGGUUACUUCGCAAGGCUCUGGCAGUGGUAACAGUUCAUAUUAACAUUACAACAUACGAGACAAAUGAGUCUGAGACCGGGAAGCCCAUAACGAACAUCGAUUGCAAUCAAACCACGUCCGGGAGGCUAGCUGGUACGACUGAGAAACGAAGGCUGACUUGGGAAAACAAAGAGCAUGAGGACUACUUCUUUGGUAAAGUUCAAGGUCGGAGCGAGUUUGUCCAUGGUGCUCCAGAUAAGGGCGGUCAUGUCCGCCCGGAGUUUGAGUUGCAGAUUGAUGUAGAUGAUGCACAAGAAAUCAAGAGGUUUCUACGGGGUGAGACUCACAUUGAUUCUCGCGAUGGAGCAGGAUUUUUAUGUGAAGAGUCCAACGGCGCUUGGGUACAUACCUUUGAACGGAGCGUUUCUUCUGGCUGGGCAUCUGAGCAGAUUUGGGGUUUCGAAUUGAUCGAUAACAAACGUUAUUUCACCCGCCGGGCAGCUGUUGUUGACGCUGGAGGCCGAUGUUUGUGUGUGAGGCUCGUGCUUGACUAUGAACAGCCACAGUGA